UGUAGUAGACAACAUCGAAGUAAACAGACCAGAUAAUGAUUCCCAAAUGGUGGUGUCUGAUGAUUGUAUUUUCGGCCUUUAUGAUUCAAGUGAUAUCAUUUGGUACAGCGGGAGCCAUUGGAAUGUACAAUAUAGAAUUUAUAGAUUACUUCAACGUUGGAGCAGCUGAAGUCUCCUUGAUUGGUUCCAUUAACCUUGGUGUUUUCCUAGGAGCAGGUCCUUUGGUGAGUCUAAUGAUGAGGCAUAUGAGUUUCAGAAGAGUAGCUGUCAUUGGGAGUUUACUCAGUUCUAUUAGUUUGCUGUGUGUUCCAUUUUUAGAUAAUAUCAUCUAUUUGUAUAUAAUAUAUGGAAUCUUUACAGGUUUAGGAUUUGCUAUGGUAUACCUACCGUCAAGUGUGUUAGCAGGUCUGUAUUUCAAUGAACAUCGGAGUCUUGCUACUGGUAUCGCAACAAGUGGAUCUGGCAUAGGAGCCGUAACAUUUCCAUUAUUAGUACACAGUUUGAUCCAAUAUUAUGGCUGGAAGGGGUCAGUUUUCAUCCUUGCUGGACUCAGUUUACAAUGCAUUGUAUUUUCUGCUUUGUUAUUUCCACUGGCAGAAAAACCAGACAGGAAAGAACUGAAGUCAGUGUUGACAAACAGCAAUAUACAUGACAAACAAACAAAUAAUCCUGAUAUUGACCACAUGAGGAACAAUGGUAAAUGUGAGAAUUACAAUGUUCACACAUGUAUAUCAGAGAAUGACAAAUCAGUUCAGCAAAAUUGCAAAGUCACAAAAUUAAUGGAAAAUUCUGACACUGCAGCUGAAAAAAGUUUAAAUCAUUGCUAUGUUUUACGUGAUUUUUCUUUCUUUGUUUUCUUUCUUAAUAACAUACUUUGGAAUAUGGGAGUUGGAAUUUCUUGGAUUCUUGCUCCCGAGUACUUUGUAUCAAUGGGAUUGACCAAAGAAAAUGCAGCUACUAUUUUAACAUUUAAUGGAGUUGGUUGUUUCAUUGGUUGUAUAAUUGGUGGAGGACUUGGAAAUAUACAAAGCCUUAGUAGAUUGUCUAUGUAUAUAUCAUGGAAUAUUGCAGUGGGAAUAUUGUUAAUGUUCUUGCCGUUUAAAAUUUUUCAAUCAGUUGAAAUUUUGUCAUUGAUAAUGUUUUUAAAUGGACUUGGAUUUGGAGGAAUUUUAGGACUACUAGUCAUUUUUACAGUUGAUCUGCUAGGUGAAAAGGCUUUGGGUGAUGGUUUUGGAUAUUUGAUGUUCAGUAAUGGUGUAGGAUUUAUAAUUGGUCCACCGCUUGGAGGAGCAUUUAAAGACUCCCUUGGUACUUAUGAUCCCACAUUUUUCUUUGCUGGUACAUUGAUUGUUGUUGCUGGAUUAUUGAUGUUCAUCAUACCAAUAAGAGACAAGUUUGUUCUAAGACCAAAGAAAAAAAAAUUGACGAUAGAAGUAAUCUCAAUACAUAACAUAUGAUAAUGAUCUGAUUUGUCCAGUACCCUACUUAACUUGAUAUUUAUCCAGCUGUUCUGUGAACAUUUAUUAUUAUCUAUUUAAUGUCUUUAAUGUCUCGUAAGAUGAGGCUAGAAUUGAUAACAUUCAUCUAUUUCUCAUUUAAUUAUUUGAAUUUGUGCAUUUAUGAUUUUAAUUAUGUCCUUAUGAUCAUUUUUUUUAUUUAAAAUAGUUGGUAUCUUGAUCUCCAGGCACAGCUAGUGUUUGUCGUGCCUGCGACAUUUAUGUCGCAAAAGCGACACACAGCGAUCCUAGAUUCCGGCUUCGGCGGCGUCAACAUUUAGGUUCAGUCUGUGGCUGAAGUUAUUUUUAGACAUCAAUAACUUUGUCAUAUCUCCAUGGAAUUUUCGGAAAUUUGGACAGA